AAACCCUCGCCUUGUGCGCACCUUCCAUCCCUCCUCCAACCACUUUCCAGCUCUCCAGUCCAUGAUGAAUAAACAUUCAUUUUAAUAGUACAUGGUACCUUUCAGUCUACUGUGGGGUUCAGUUGGGGAAUAUUGACAGGUGGUCCGUAAAUCCCAACUAAUCCGGGAAAAGGGACUUUUUGCGACUUCCCUGUCUUUGGGACGACCAUGACUCGCGCCAGGAUAUAUCGGGAGUCAUUACUGGUGAUUUUAUUGCAAAUCAUCCUUAUUUGCUCCGCUCAGAGGGGCCUGGUCGGUCUCAGAGGCCCCGCAGGACCCCCUGGAAUAGCAGGAGUGCCUGGAGUUGACGGCAUUGAUGGAGACAGAGGGGACGAUAACUUCACAGAAGGCGGCCCUGGCCCUGAUGGGGAAGACGGCAAACCAGGAACUCCCGGAACACCCGGCCUACCAGGGGCAGACGGUGCCACUGGACCUGUUGGGGGUCUCGGCCAAGAUGGGCCUCCUGGACCAAAAGGUGAACCCGGAGAGGCUGGGGAAGUCGGGGAGAUUGGCGAGGGACCUGAUGGGCCUGAUGGAGCAGCUGGUGCACAAGGGUUGGUGGGCGAGCUUGGCAAAGUCGGAACCCCAGGAUCACUGGGAAGGAGGGGGCCAGUGGGGCUUCCCGGACCUGCAGGGCCCAGGGGUCUUCCUGGAGUGUAUAAGGGGGAAGACCUGUGUCCUAAUGCCUGUCCUUCUGGUCUUAAUGGAUAUUCUGGCCUCCCAGGCAUGAAGGGCCACAAAGGGGUAAAAGGAGAGUCUGGUGAGCCUGGAAAGCAAGGACACAAGGGAGAAGAAGGAGACCAGGCAGGAGAGGGCGAGAUGGGAGCUCAAGGACUACCAGGCCAAGGGGGACCCAGGGGAAUAACAGGCAUGAUGGGCCUCAAAGGUGACAGGGGACCACGUGGAACAUUUGGAGACCUCGGUCCCCAGGGAAUUCAGGGUGGCUCAGGUGACGUGGGCCAAAGAGGAUUAGUGGGCGAGAAUGGACCAAACGGUGGUCAAGGGGCCCGAGGGCCACAAGGAAUAAGGGGCCUUCCAGGGGGCAAAGGGGAGCCUGGUCUUGCUGGGCCCGAUGGACGUGAAGGAAUCCCCGGAUUGCCAGCAUCUAAGGGUAUUACUGGGAAAGUUGGCAGUCCAGGUGAUGCUGGGCUGCAAGGACUCCCUGGUUUGCCAGGCGCUUAUGGUCCUAAAGGAAAAAGUGGCGAGAUGGGUAACUCUGGCAACCCCGGUUCUGUAGGACUAAUGGGGUCUCCUGGGAAAUCCGGGGAACGUGGCGAGCAGGGAGAAGUGGGACCUGUCGGAGCAAGAGGUGGAUCAGGUGAAAGAGGAGUGCGUGGCCCAGACGGACCUGCAGGGGCACCUGGACCCAGGGGAGGUAAAGGGGAUCUCGGGCUUCUUGGUUUGCCUGGCCCUGCCGGCCUGGUUGGACAGAAUGGAGACAGGGGUGCAGUCGGUUUGACCGGUGCUCAAGGAGAACAAGGAGAAGCAGGUUCAGAGGGCACCGCGGGAGACAGAGGGGACUUUGGUGACGAAGGGGAGCCAGGAGAGAAAGGAUCGACGGGCAGACCAGGAGAGACUGGAAACAAAGGGCCGGAGGGCGGCCGGGGCAUACCAGGCGCAGAGGGCAAGCCGGGCCAACCUGGACCACGUGGCAUGCAGGGAGACAGAGGGGUGCCAGGACUGCCAGGGACACAGGGGCCAGCGGGGAAAAAACCAAGCGAUACACACAUCACACAAGUUUGCAUGAGGGUAAUGCAAGAGCAGCUAGCCCAGCUAGCAGCCAGCCUGAGGAGGCCUGAGACAGGCAUCUCUGGACUGCCAGGUCCCCCUGGCCCCCCUGGUCCUACAGGCCCUUCCGGAGAGAACGGCUACCCAGGACUGGACGGGGCCAGAGGACUGCCAGGUCUCAAAGGACCUCCAGGACUACUGGGUCGCAAAGGGCCCAAAGGUGACACGGGCGACAGAGGAGACAGAGGACCCACAGCGAGAGGGGUUAAAGGAGCACCUGGAGCACCCGGUCUACCAGGUGAUCACGGUAGAGCCGCCUAUGGCACAGACGGCCGCGACGGCGAGAGAGGGCCACACGGCGUUCCCGGUAUUCCCGGCGUUCCAGGGUCUCCUGGUCGUCCUGGCCUCAACGGCUACUGCGAGUCGUCACAGUGCAUCCUUCCUAUGGUGGCAUCACCGAUAUCCGCGAAAGAUUCCAGCAUGAAAGGGCCAAAUGAGGAAUAAGAUGUGAGUCGGAGACCCAACGGGUCCCUGAACUGAGGGGCCACAGGGGCCAAACUAUUAAGAGACUAAUGGAGGAACUAACUAAUGUGCCACGGAAGAUCAGGGUUGGGGUCAAUUCCAUUUAAAUUCAGUCAAUUCAGGAAGUAAACUGAAAUUCAAAUGUUUCUCAUUGAAAAGCAGGAAAUGGAAUAGAAUUGGAAUUUCAGUUAACUUCCUGAUUUGAAUGAAUUCAAAUUGAAAUGAGAUGAAAAUGUACCCCCAACCCUGUGUCAGAAACAUUACUUGCUUGAUGUGUUUUGACUGUUUGUUUGUGUAUUGUUUUAUUGUUUUGUUACACCCCUCUAAAAUGCAUUUCAGUAUUCCUUAGCUGUUGGAACACCCCUAUCCCUCUGACAAAGUUUAGCAAUUUUUUUUUUUUUUUUUACCUCAGCUCUAGCUUUUUGCCAUCUUUGUACUGUAAAAUAAAAAGAGCAUGACAUUUUUUGGGGCAAACUAAUUGUGAUAUUAUUGGGGACUGUAGGCUUUGUUUUUUGUUAAAUAUGAACCAAGUGAAAACCCCAACAGACCAGACUAACUGUGCUUUAAGCGACAAUGUGCCAACCAUUUUUAAUUCACUGAAUUCUGUAUGUUUAUGUAUUAGUGUCAACACCGAGCUUUCAUACAAAUUACCGGUAUACUGUUGGUUCAAUGACUUUCACUUGUUUGCAAGUAUCUUUGUUGCAUAUACACUCACCAACCCCUAUGCUUUAUCUUCUUCCUGAUGUAGGAUUUGCUUUGUCAUGAUGACUGUUUUUGUGAUGGGAGAACUAGGAGGGCAGUGUUGUUCGAAGACAUAUGUAGAAAUUGUAUAUGCCAUUCUUAUUUAUUAUAAAAGUCAGAGGAGGUGACAUCAAAGGUUGUACAAAUUAGACAAUAAAAACAUUUUGAUAAAGUCCUGCAUGUUUUGUAUGAAAGACUCCAACGAAAAUCCAGCAACAUGUUUUUCAGCUAAUUUCACACAUCUCCAGUGGGCCUUAUUGAGACAUUUUCUGAGGCAUGCAGAGUUCUACAGACUCAAAUCAUUGGAUGGCCUGUGGUACAAAGAUAGCCACAAGGGGACACUAGAAAGCUUGACUGUUCCCAUAUCUAGGGUGUUACCAACAGCCAUUUAAAAAAUAUCUCCAUAAAAGUAUUUGAUUCAUUUGCUGAAAAUGCAGUGUGUCUUUGUGCAUUAGACUGUAGUUUUCCUAUGCAGAAGAAGAUGAUUGUUAUUAAGUAUGCCUUGAGGGACAUGUAACGAGGUGGGGGAGGGUUGAAUCAAUAAAUGACUCUCCUGUAAUUGA